UAUAAUAAAAUAAUGUUUCAUAUACUGCUGGAAGUCAACGGGGAGAGACAAGACACCCUCAUGUGUGUUUCAUAUUUCUUGUCCUUUGUAGAUUAGAUUAGAUGAAGAUGAAGAAGAAAAACUCAAAAACCCUCUUCAUCAAUACACUCAUUUUCUUCUCCUUAAUACAAUUUCAAACCUCACUCUCACUCUCAGAUUCUUCAACAUCAUUUCCCAAAGAAGCACUUCCUACAAAAUCAGGUUAUCUACCAAUAAGUCCUACAUCAACUUCCUCAAUUUUCUACACAUUUUAUGAAGCAAAAAACUCAACUUCACCUCUCUCACAAACACCACUUCUCAUUUGGCUUCAAGGUGGCCCUGGUUGCUCUUCCAUGGUUGGCAACUUCUAUGAACUAGGACCAUAUCUUAUCACCAAUUCACUCACCCUUCAACCUAACCAUGCUUCUUGGAAUAGAAUAUUUGGCCUUCUUUUUCUAGAUAAUCCCAUUGGAACUGGAUUCAGUGUAGCAUCUACCCUACAAGAGAUUCCAACCGAUCAAACCACGGUCGCGGAACAUCUUUUCGCGGCUAUAACAAGGUUUGUUAAACUUGAUCCUGUUUUUAAACAUCGUCCUAUUUAUAUUACUGGUGAAAGUUAUGCUGGAAAAUAUGUUCCUGCAAUUGGUUACUAUAUUUUAGAGAAAAAUGCUAAGUUGAAAGAUUUUGAGAGAGUGAAUUUAGCUGGUGUUGCAAUUGGUAAUGGUUUAACUGAUCCUGUGACUCAAAUGGUUACUCAUGCUGAUAAUGCUUAUUAUGUUGGAUUAAUCAAUGAGAGGCAAAAAAAUGAGUUGGUAAAAGCUCAAGUUGAAGCUGUUGAGUUGGUAGAGAGAAGGAAUUGGAGUGAAGCAACUGAUGCGCGAAACCGUGUCUUGAAUCUGUUGCAAAAUAUGACAGGGUUGGCUACUUUGUAUGAUUAUUCGCGGAAAAUUCCUUACGAAGACUAUUUGGUUGCGAAGUUCUUGAAUAUUGAUGAGGUGAGAAAGGCCUUAGGAGUGAAUGUUGAUGAAUCGUUUGUUUACGAGAAAUGCAGUCACGUAGUUGGGGCUGCAUUGCAUGCUGAUUUGAUGAAGAGUGUAAAGUAUAUGGUGGAGAAAUUAUUGAAUGAGGGGAUGAGGGUUUUGUUGUAUCAAGGUCAGCGCGAUUUGAGGGUCGGUGUGGUUCAAGUCGAGGCUUGGGUGAAGACUAUGAAGUGGGAAGGGAUAGUUGAGUAUGUGAAUGCUGAGAGGGAGAUUUGGAAGGUAAAUGGAGAGGUAGCUGGUUAUGUACAAAAAUGGAAGUCAUUUACUAAUGUUGUGGUUUUAGGAGGUGGACAUCUUUUGCCUACUGACCAACCUUUGAAUUCGCAAGCUAUGAUUGAAGAUUGGGUUUUGGAAAAGGGUUUGUUUGGAAAUGUGUUGUACUCAAAUGUAUCCACAAAAUCUUUGUAUGAUGAGUGAUGUCUAACAAUUUGUGAUUGUUGAGUAUGGUUCAUAGACAGAGAAGGUCGACAAGGGGCCGUGGGGGAGCCGAGCGAGCGUAGCAAGUGAGGCGAGACACACUUUGCCGAACUGCGUAACCAAGUAAUCGUGUUCGUUGUUUGCUAUUUGCAUGUCCUAUUUCUCUUUUGUUAAUAGUUGCUGUUCUAACAGACGAAAUUUUAAAGGUAAUAAAAAGGUUUAAGUUUUGUUUCUUGUCAAUAAAGACCUUGAGCGAAAACCACUAAUAAUAAGGACAUUCCAAUCAUUGGAAAAUUUACUCAACAAUACCAGGGUUCUGAGUUUUGUUAUAAUCUGAAUUUCAUUCACAAGUUUAUAUUUCUAUGUGAUUUUUGUCAACUAUGCAUCACA